AUGGUUGAAUGGUACCAUGAACGGACAUCGAAGAUUUUAGAAGGUAAAGCCAAUACAGGGUGGGUUUCAGGAUGUUUAGACCUUAAAGCCGACAAAGAAACUGUAGAUAUGUUGACACAAACGGUUUCAAGUCAUACCAGAGGUUUAAUGGAAGAUGGACAACAGUUGAAAGAGCUUGAGAAAGGUGUUACAGAGUUAAGGAAUACAAAAGCAGACUCGACAUGGAUAAAAGGAUAUGUAGAUGCAACAAAAGAGUAUAUUUUCACAUGGACAGAAGGAACAUACCCACAAAAAUAUCAUAGACAUAGCAUCUCUGACGUAAAUGAACUUGAAGAAAAGUUAUAUAAAAAAGCAGACAAAACAGAGCUUCAAACAUUAAAGACAGAAAUACUUCAAACAUUAUAUCCUAUAGGCUCUAUUUAUACGUCAAUGAACUCUACCAGACCAGAAGUAGUACUUGGUUUUGGAACUUGGACUCAAAUAGUCGACAGGUUUUUGUAUUGUGCAAACUCUUCAAAGGAAACAGGUGGAAGUAAAACGAUUUCAGGUGAAAAUUUACCUGCACACAGUCACUACAUAGAUUUAAGUACAUCUCAAGCAGGUUGGCAUAAGCAUAGAUAUUGGGAUUGGUCAGGAAUGACAAAAGGUAAAGGAUAUGAUGUUAAAGACGAGGUUAAGUUUGCUAUAAAUUGUUACUGGAGUGACACUCAGGGAGAAGGAAACCAUACACAUCGC